AAAGUACAUUUGGAAUUGGUGUGACUUAUUUUAAAGAUCAAAAAGAAAACCCACCUGCUAUGGAGGAAGAGUUUGAUGACUUAACCCAAUCGUCUGAAACAGCCUCAGCAUCCAGCAGGUUUCCUUCCCCCAAUUAUGAAGAUCUGUUAAAGCUAAUUGAACAUCUGAGCCUGGAAUGCAAAGAUUCUGGUAGCCUAUUAAAAAUCCGAGAUACAGUUCACUCAUAUAAAAUGUUAAUACAACUUAAAAAUAGUCACUGCAAAGCACUCAUGGCAAAACUUGGAACUAUGGAAAAUGAAGUGAGUGGACUACAAAAGAAGCUCUCAGAAGCAGAACAUGAAAAAAUAAAGCAGGAGCAAGAACUCUGCAAUCUGCGAUUUGCUUUAAAACAAGAAGUGGAGAAGAGAAAAAGUGCUGACUGGGUUUAUGAAAAAAUUAAGGGGCAGCUGAGAGAAAAAGAAGAGCAAUGUAAUAAAGAAGUUAAAAUGAAACAAAAACUUGAAAUCCGUGUUAGGGAACUGGAUGUGGAAUUGAAGACUGUGAGAAACAAUCUUAAUGAAGCUAUAGAGGAACGAAAUGGCACUGAAAGGCAGCUUUUGCAAGAACAGAAUGCCAGAAUAUUACAGGAUGAGAUCCUGGCAAAUCACCUUCACAAACAAAAGGAACUAAAAAUGGCACAAGAGAAAAUUAGUUCUCAGUUGCAAGAAGCACUGGACCAACACAUAGAGCCUGCACAAUGCAUUAAGAAGAUGCACGACUGCAUUCAGAAACUUGGACUUGAAAAUUGCAAGUUAAAAGCUACAGCAAGAAAACAAGCAGAGAAAAUUGAACAGUUAAAGGAAAACCUACUAAGGGAAAUUUUGAAUGAUGAUCUUACUGCAAAACUGGAAACUGCAUCUUCCAAAUGUCAACAUCUACAUAAAGAAAAUCAGCUGCUUCAGCAGGAGUUACUGUCUAUGAAAACCGUACAAAAGAAAUGUGAAAAAUUAAAGAAGCAUAAAAAGAAGUUAGAACAAGAAAUAGUUAACCUCAAAAGUCACAUGGAAAAGAAUAUGAUAGAAUGUGGUCAAAUAGAACAGUAUAAGUGGGAAAUUGAAGAGAAAACAAAGCAGGAGUUAGUGCAAAAAUUAAAACAAGUCAACCUAUUUUUGCAGACACAAGCCGCCUAUGAAGAUAAGCUGGAGAAGUUGAGGCACAAACAGAACGCUUCGGUACGAACGCAAAUGAAGCUCAGAAUACGGGACCUGGAGUCCGAAUUCUCUAAAAUGAAGAGUCAAGUAGAUUGUAAUCAAAUAGAAAUGGAAAACUAUAAGCAGCUCUACCUAGAAGAAGUCAAAAUUAGAAAAUCAUUGUCAAAUAAACUAAGCAAAACAGAUGAAAAGCUAGCGGAGGUCAAGACCAAACUUCUCCUGGAGAGAAAACAGAACAGGGCUUCACAACACAGCACCAUUGACACAAGAUCUGUCCUGGAGUCCACUUGUCCUAGAGACCUUAGUAAUAGAUUGUUCAUUCCAAGAACUUUCUCUGGAGAAAAUGUAAUGGUUCCUACCUCAAACCUCUGGCAUUCAAUUGAGACCACGGAAAACUGCAAGACUAAGGUGCUGCAGGAGUGGGAACAAAGUGUAACUAGAGAACUAAGACAAGCUACUGCUGAAUCUGGACUUCAUAGAACUUCUUCCCUAAAAUUUACUCAUAUAUGAAGUCAGAAUCUUCCUAAAGGACCUAUUAGGAGAAUAUGUAGAAAUUUUAAUAUAUAUGUAUAUAUUAUAUAUGUAUAUCAAUAAUUUGAAAUAAUAACAUUUUACCUUUAAUAUGUUAU